CAAGAAGUUGAAGCUUCUCAGGGUGGACAGCUAUGGCUGUUGGGUUAGUUGUGUCCACAGCCUUCGCAUCACUAACUCCAAAACCAACUCCCUUUUCGUUAAUUUGCCACCAAAAUCACCCUUCUGCAGAAAAGGAAGUUGUAUGCUGUACUGAUCACAGAGACCUUGGCGCAAGAAACAAGGAGGAAAUAUUGAGCCACGCGGUAAUUAUGCAGAUUGUGCUUCACUGAUACAGGUGUUAAGUAGGAAAAAAAUGCCUGUUGUUGCUGAAAGGCUAUUCCUUGAUAUGAAAUCUGAAGGUUUUGUACCUGAUAACUCUACUUUGUCAGCGCUGAUGUUAUGCUAUGCCAACAAUGGUUUAUUUUCCAAAGCAUUAGUUGCUUGGGAUGAAAUCAUAAACAGUUCAUAUCUGCCCGAUGUCCAUGUAAUUGCUGAACUGAUUGAUAUUUAUGGCUGCAAAGGAUAUUUAGAUGUUGCUGUCAGAAUAUUGCAUCAGAUUAAGUUGAAAGAUUCCAACUUGCUUCGUGAUGUUUAUGUUCGGGUUAUCUCUCGUUUCGGAAAGAAAGGGCAGCUUGAAUUGAUGGAAAUUAUGUUGAAAGAGAUGGUUUCAAUGGGGUUCCCUGUUGAUUCUGCUACCGGAAAUGCUUAUGUAAUAUACUAUAGCAAUUUUGGCACGCUGAGUGAAAUGGAAGUUGCAUAUGGCCGUCUUAAGAUGUCAAGAAUUCUUAUAGAGGAAGAAGCGAUCAGGUCGAUCUCCUUGGCUUAUCUCAAGGAAGAGAAGCUUUAUAGUUUAGGUCAGUUUGUAAGAGACGUCGGUCUUUCUAGGAGAAAUGUGGGAAAUCUCCUGUGGAACCUGUUACUUCUUUCUUAUGCUGUCAACUUCAAAAUGAAAAGUUUGCAGAGAGAAUUUGUGAGAAUGGUAGAAAGUGGUUUUUUACCUGAUCUUAAUACUUUCAAUAUUAGAGCUUUGGCGUUUUCGAAAAUGUCAUUGUUUUGGGAUCUGCAUGUAACCCUUGAACAUAUGAAGCAUGAGAAGGUAGUUCCUGAUCUUGUGACUUACGGUUCUGUUGUUGAUGCAUACUUGGAUAGAAAUCUGGGACGAAAUUUGGAUUUUGCUUUACAGAAAUUUAAUAAAAAUGAUUGUGUUACAAUAGCAACAGAUCCACUUGUAUUUGAGGCCAUGGGGAAAGGGGAUUUCCACUUAAGCUCAGAGGCACGUUUAGAGUUCAGUAAGAAAAAGAAUUGGACGUAUGAGGAGCUUAUCAGUACCUAUCUCAAGAAAUACUUCCGCCGUAAUCAAAUCUUUUGGAACUAUUGAUGAUGAAUAGCUUCUGAGCUGGAAGUUCCGUGCAAUUGCAUUGUGCGCAGUUAUUUGAACAAUUUUGCAGGUACUCUGGUAAACGUGGUUUAUCGGCCACUGACUGCAGCUACCCAUUCACUGAUUUUAUCAGAAAGGAUAUAACUGGAAGCUGCAUUUGUGGGUUCUGAGGCAAUAGACAUGGAUAGAUGGAGAACUGUCCCAGCAAGCAUUUGGUGGACAAUUUGGAAAGAAAGAAAUUCCAGAUUACCCCUACCUCGGAAGGAUAAAUAACAAGUAACUGGUAAACCAGCUAUCUUCAGCUAUAUCCUAGAAGAUGAACUAAAUCAAAGAAACUGCUUGUAGUAUUUUUGGAGUCAACAGCAUCUUGCCAAUAUCUCGGCUCCUCCAACCUCUUUCAGUUUUAUGUAUAUUCUUAUUCUCCACUUGAUCUUGUGCUUGAUGAAAAGGGGUUGCUUGAGCGGCUUUUAUUGCUAUCAGUUCCUGAAAUUACCUGCAAAAAAUCAUGACUUAUUAUGUGUUUGAAGAUUCUUCUUCAUGGUGGGUAUGCCAAUCAACAUUGCUGACAUUCACUUACUUGAGAGCUAGAUCGACUUUCACUGGAUGGGGUUCUUGGGCUGCUUCCAUAAGGCAUUGGUUGCAUUGCUUCUUCAGCGAGUACGCGUAACUUGUUAAGUUCAGGCAAAAUGACAGUGCCAAGAUCUGGUCGAUCUUUACGCCUGAGUUCUGCACACUUGAGUGCUAACUUGGCAAACGUCAGAGCCUGUUCAACAGGCCAGUCAGGAACUGCUGGAUCAAGCAUAUCAGCAAAAGUGCCUUUCUCAAUUGCCCUCUCAACAUGGUGGGUCAAACCCAUUGGAGGUCUGGCUGUGAUUAUUUGGAGAAGCAUUAUUCCAAAGUCAGCUACAGAAGGGGGGACGAGCCUAGCUAAACCAACGUCACUGAUCUUACUUACAUAAUUGCGGUCUAGCAAAAUGUUGCCAGGUUUCAGAUCCCGGUGCACUAGAGGUUCUGGCUUGGUCUGGUGAAGGAAAAGGAGGCUAGUACCGACCUCUGCAGCUAUACGGAAUCUUAGUUGCCAAGGAAGAACUGGAGUGUUUCCUCUUCGGAAGAGGCGAUCAUCUAAGCUCCCAUUGGCCAUGUACUCAUACACUAGGCAGCCAAAUUCAGGGCAGGCUCCAAGUAGAAGAACCAUAUUUGGAUGCCUUAUGCAGCUUAGAACUUCAACCUGCAUCAGGGCAAAUGAAAAGGGACAUGAGAGAAUAUACCUUUUUCGGGAACUACUCUAUGACUGAUUGGAUUUGGUUAGUAUGGAAUUUUGUUUGGCGGGAUGGGGUGAGUGGUGUGGCAUCGUCAAUAUUGUAUUACACAAUAUAGAGGCUCUAUAGUUCCUAUUUUCACACAUUUUGGUUUGUUGAGCGCUGAGUUGUUUGGUCCAAGAAGGACAUAAGCAUUUAUGAAGAUGCUUAGGGGAUGCCACAACAGCAGACCACUAUUAUUCUGUUUUCCUGCAAGAUAAACAACUCACAUAUGUUCUCUAAAGGAAAGAUUCCUCUGUUUCAUACCUCUUGCUGAAAUUGUGACCUUCCCUGAGCAGCAUCUGGACGAAGAACCUUAAUCGCAACCUGCGUGUGAUCCAAGUAACACUUGUAUACCGGCCCGUAUCCACCUUCCCCAAUUUUACGAGAUGCUGCAAAGUUAUCCGUUGCUGCUUCAAUCUCCUCUAUUGUAUACUUACGAUACCGGCAAUCACUUUGUGCAAGGGCAUCCAAUACCUUCUUCUUCUCUUCAGCUUCAAUGUGUGCCUUCCUUUCUGCAUUGAUUCUUCUCUGUGCCUCCCGUUCGGCAAUCCUCUGUGCUUCUUCCGCAGCUUCAAGGGCUGCCCUGCACUUUGCUUUUUCUUUCUCUGCAACGGCCAGUGCUGCUUCCUCGGCUAGUCGUGCCUCUUCUAAUUUUUGUUCUUCUUCUACUUUCCAGCGGCUAAGUUCCAAUGCCUGCAUGAAAAAUAUUAGGCUACAUUCUAGUUCACAAGAGAAAUUUCUGCAGAUAUUCAUGUACUUGGGAUGUUGAAAUGCGUACCAGGUUGUUGGUUGAUGACCAUGAUCCAUUUCCACUCUCAAAAGAAUUUGAUGAUAAGGCAUUAGCUUCAGAUAACCUGGUUCCUGAGAAUGAUGAUCCAAAGCUUAAUCUGCUCUCUGUUUCUGAGCUGUUUGAAAGUCGAGCAGCAGAAUAUCUAUUAUCUGUGUCUGAGCUGUUUGAAAGCCGAGGUGGAAGACCCAAUUCAUUAUUGUCCAUAGAGAUCAGAAAUGUACGAUCUGAGCUUGGACGACCAGAGCUCACAAAUGAUAGGGAAAUUAUUGCAAUAUGCUGCUGGUGAAAAAGCAGACCUCUUGUGUUGUUGAUUUGUCCAUAACGUGUAUCGAUGAUGCCAAACUUAGCACCUAGAGAGGAGCUGGUCUGAUUCUGCAGCGGGGCAGGUAGUGUACUGGGAACAGGCGCAGAUGCACUCUUUAUCGUUUGAACUUUCCCUUUGGCAAUCACAUAAACUGUGCAAAAGCCUGGUACAACUUUGGUGACGGCGCUUGGAAUAUCCAUCGUCUUGAAUCUUCGAAAGUCUUAAGUGUUCUCCCAUCACCAGAUUCUCUAUGACAUUGGUUGAAAUGUAGUCGCUUAUGGAGUUUGCUACGUCUAUGCCUUCGAUUACAACUUCAUUGACUUGAAUCUACGACAAAGAGAGAGAAGCUUAUUCAGAAAAUGAAACACGAGCAAGAACAAAUGGGUAAGUAGCUGCAUACACUUACAUUUUUACGGUUGCAGAAGCAUCGGAAGGGUAAGAACAACUCCUUUGCUUGACUAUCAGGAUCACUUCUAUAUACUUUGGGAGUUCCAUCACUCACAUCUGAGAAAGAACAGUUUUUCCAAGUAUGUAAAAAGUGCUUGAAUGUAUUCUUUCUUUUCUUUUCUUUGGAGGUAGUGGACACGCUUAAUGCCGGAGGUGGAUGUAGACUUUGAAUAAUAGGUUCAACUGAACUCAGUAUUUUCGA